AUGUCAAUGUUUGGUUCAACGCGCAACUUGUGUUGGUGUCAAAGCACAACUUUUCAACGCAUCGUGGAACAAUGCAGUGAUACUGAGAGGCAAAAGAUUGAGUUGGUAGUAAAACCAUCGGCGAUGAGAAGCUUAGACACUAUAAAAUCGCACAUAAACAAUAAAGACAAAAUGGGAAAAGAUCUUCGAGAGUUUCUUUUAUAG